AUGGCAGCACGCUAUUCUACAAGACUGAGUACCAAAUGUAUGUUAUCGUGGGUUGGAAGGCCAUUGGUGGAUCAAAAGCAAUGGACCAAGACGUAUAAAGAAAUUAGUGUGAAAAGAGAUUGUUCAACUGAGAUUCACGUCAGAGUUGGACAGUGUGUGCUUAUUGAAGGGGAUGAUGCAGAAAACCCGUAUGUUGCUAGAUUGACUGAGUUGUUUGAAGAUGCUUCUAACCGUUACUCUAAGAAGCAUGCCAGAGUACAGUGGUUUUACCGAUUCUGUGAAAUUCCUUUGACGAAGCAGCAUUUGUUGGGCCGGAAGCCUGGUGCACAGGAGCUGUUCUGGUAUGGUUACCCAAGCUGUGACAACAUCGUUAAUGCUGAAACCAUCAUUGGCCCUGUUCAGGUUAUACCUUUAGCCCCAGAUGAAAAAAUACCCAAGGAUCUGAAAAAUGAAAAAAUAUUCUUUGUGAAACUGUCUUGGGAUGAGAAGAAUUUUCGACUACUAACCCCAGAAGUGUUUGCUGAGUUGAGUAAACUACAGAAAGGCAGUCCUAGAUACCAGGUGCCCAGGCAUGCCAAAUCUAACAGCCCAGAACGCCCUGGGAGGACAGCAGAACCUGUGACCAAAAGAAUUGAGUCACGGCAUUCCACCUCCAAAAGUCGACAAACUCCUACUCAUCCUGUCACACCAAAAGCAAGAAAGAAACUGGAGCUAGGUGGUUCCCCCUGUACACCCAGUAGUAAGAAUUCCAAACAGACUUCAUGGACGUCAUUGGAUUCUUGUGGAAGAACUAAACGGAAAGUGGCCUUCUCUGAGGUUACCUCUCCUUCCAAGAGGUCAGAUCCUGAAGGGCGUCAGCUUUUGUCUCCAGUUCUGAAAACACCAGAUGAAACAAAGACCGACAAGAAGGCCAUACCUAAAUGUUGCCUAACUCUAAGAUCUAGAGUUCCAGUUUUGAAAACUACAGAGAGUUGUUUUGAAACAACAAUUAGCCCUAUAGCAGGAAGACAGAAAUCCUCCUCAGAGUCAUCUGUGAUUCUGAAACCAGAAAACAUCAUAAGGAGGAAGGUAGAAGAACCAGAAGUUGGGGAUGAAGGUACCACUACUCCCCAUCGGACUAGCAGAAGGAGUUCACUCUUGACCAUGAAACGGAUUAGACAACAGCUUAGCUUUUUAGGUAAUAGUAAAAGUGACAAAGAAGAGGAAGAAUUCCUGCCUGAAGCAGAGAUUUCAGAUGAUGAAAAUGAGGAGGAAGAAGCUUCUACAUUACCCACUCCAAGAAGAACACCAAGACGUUCUUCCUUACAGACCCCAUCCAAGACACCAAAGAAAACUCCGAAACCUAGAACACCACGUCAUGCCACACCACAGAUUCGCAACCGAAAAUUGGCUGUCCAGGAGCCAACCAGCAUACUAGAGGAAGCCCGGCUGAGGCUGCAUGUUGCUGCUGUACCCGAGUCUCUUCCCUGCCGGGAACAGGAAUUUCAAGAUAUAUACAACUUCGUGGAAAGCAAGCUCCUUGACCGUACUGGAGGGUGCAUGUAUAUAUCUGGGGUCCCUGGGACAGGGAAAACUGCCACUGUGCAUGAAGUGAUACGCUGCCUGCAGCAGGCAGCGGAAACAAAUGAUGUCCCUCCUUUUAAAUACAUUGAAGUGAAUGGCAUGAAGCUGACAGAGCCCCACCAAGUCUAUGUGCAAAUCUUGCAGAAGCUGACAGGCCAAAAAGCAACAGCUAACCAUGCAGCAGAACUGCUGGCAAAACAAUUCUGCGCUGGAAGGCCCUCUCAGGAAACCACCGUGCUACUUGUGGAUGAGCUUGACCUUCUCUGGACUAAGAAACAAGAUAUCAUGUAUAAUCUCUUUGAUUGGCCUACUCACAAGAAAGCCCAACUUGUGGUCUUGACUAUUGCCAAUACCAUGGACCUGCCAGAGCGUAUCAUGAUAAACCGUGUAGCGAGUCGAUUGGGUCUCACCAGGAUGUCCUUCCAGCCUUAUACUUACAGCCAACUGCAGCAGAUUCUUUUGUCCCGACUCAAACAUUUAAAGGCCUUCGAGGAUGAUGCCAUCCAGCUGGUAGGCAGGAAGGUAGCAGCCCUCUCUGGAGAUGCACGACGCUGUUUGGACAUCUGUAGGCGUGCCACAGAGAUCUGUGAGUUCUCCUGUUCGACACUCAAGUCCCCAGGCCUGGUCACUGUGGCCCAUUUACUGAAAGCCGUGGAUGAGAUGUUUUCAUCAUCAUAUAUUACUGCUAUCAAAAAUUCUUCAAUUGUGGAAAAGAACUUCCUGAGGGCCAUCCUUGCAGAGUUUCGUCGGUCAGGAUUGGAAGAAGCAACAUUUCAGCAGGUUUACAGGCAGCAUGUAGAACUGUGCAGGAUGGAAGGACUGCCCUACCCUACCAUGUCAGAGACCAUGGCCAUCUGCACUAACCUGGGCGCCUGCCGCCUCCUCCUCGUGGAGCCCAGCAGGAAUGACCUGCUCCUCCGGGUGCGGCUCAACGUCAGCCAGGACGAUGUGUUGUACGCGCUGAAAGAGGACUGA